GUGGGAGCAAGAAGGCAAGGAUAUAGAAAUGGAAGAAGUGAAUGAUUAUUAUACAACAAACAACUCGAUCCUAAGACAAGCAUUUUUAGAAAGAAGACAUCAAGACGCAUAAUUUUCUUAAUUUGGACAAAAACCUAUUACAUAUUGUGUGUGUUUAAAAGACUGCAUUUGCCUAUAAAAAGUCCCCUUGUUUUAUUAUUAUUAUUUUUUCUUUUUUUUAAAUUAUCCUUCAUUAUGUCAAAGAUACUCAACUAUUCAAGCUUCGAUACGAUUCAAGAUUCAGUUGAUCAUGUCAGACAGAUCUUCUUUACUGGCAAAUCUAGAGAAAUGUGGUUUCGAAAGAUGCAACUUGAAAGGCUUUAUUCAUUAGUCAAAGAAAAUGAAGAAAGAUUUUAUAAAGCUUUGAAACAGGAUUUGAAUAAACCUAGACUCGAAGCAUUCACGGGGGAUAUUGCACCCGUCCUGGAUGAAUGUCUUUAUUUUCUUGAAAAUUUGGAUACGUUAGUGAAGGAUAAAACAAUGAAGCCCAGGAGCUUAAUAAAUAAAUCCGAAAAAGUCAUUACUCGUCGUGAUCCACUUGGUGUUGUUCUUAUCAUAGGAUGUUGGAACUAUCCAGUUCAGCUUUCUCUGGUUCCUUUAGCUGGUGCUAUUGCCGCUGGUAACUGUGUUAUCCUCAAGCCCUCUGAGGUAGCGCCUCAUACGGCUGCACUCAUCACUGAGCUAUUCCCCAAAUACUUGGACUCAAGCUGUUAUCGUAUUGUUAAUGGUGGUGUUGAAGAGUCCACUGAAUUAUUGAAGAAUCCUUUCAAUCAUAUCUUUUAUACCGGAAAUAGCAUGGUUGGUAAAAUCGUUAUGGAAGCUGCUUCUAAGCACUUGACUCCUGUAACACUUGAAUUGGGUGGCAAAUCACCCGCUAUCGUACUGGAAGACGCUAGCAUUCAAUUGACAGCAAAUCGAAUCGCCUUUGGAAAGUUUUAUAAUGCAGGACAGAUCUGUAUUGGCGUUGACUAUGUAUUGAUCCAUAAAAGCCGCUUAAAUGACUUUACUGAAGCCUUCAAGAAAACAGUUCAUGAAUGGUAUGGUCCUAAUCCUAAGGAAUCUAAUAAUUAUGCUCGCAUUGUUGCUGAUAGACAUGUUGAUCGUCUUCAAGCUAUCUUGGAUAACCGUAAAAGUGGUCAGAUCGCUCUAGGUGGUCAAAUUGAUAAAAAAGACCGCUAUGUGGCUCCUACUCUGGUUACAAAUGUUCGAUUUGAUGACCCUUCUUUAAUGAGCGAAGAAAUAUUCGGGCCUAUUUUACCCGUGCUUACCUUCAAUACCUUGGAAGAGGCUAUUGCCCUUGUAAACAGAAAGGACCCACCACUUGCAUUAUAUGUAUUUACUCAAAAGAAGAAACUGGCUGAACAAGUUUUGAGAAACACACGUUCUGGCGGUGUCUGUGUUAAUGACUGUUUGGUGCAUCAAGCAGAGUAUAGCCUUCCCUUUGGAGGAGUAGGUACAUCUGGUAUGGGCAGUUACCAUGGGGAAAAGAGCUUCAACACCUUCACACAUGAGCGUGGCAUGAUAAUAAAGAAGCAAAACAAGGAAAGGACUGUCAGUAUGCGCUAUCCACCUUAUACUGAUCGCAAAUUUAAGAUAAUCAGCCUCGUACUGGUGAAGCAUCCUUGGCUUGUAUGGCUAACGGCUUAUCGUACUCCUCUUAAAUUAAUAACUUUUAUCCUCGUCUUGCUCAGCGUUGUAGCAAAAAUGAAGCGAGCUUGAUUUUAUGAAUAAUUUUGUACCUUUUGAGAUAAAAAUAAAUAGGCUUAUUACCUUUAUUAAGCGUAGCAAAUGAUAUGCUCGAU